AUGGACUACGAACAAAGAGUAGACGACAGGUUAGAAGAGAGUACGUGUCGACUUACAGUGAUACAAGUACGACGACUACGAUAUGACUCCGGAAACAAAUUCGAAGCGACUUGGUGGACUUGCACACAAGACUUAGCACGAGUAGCAACACGAGGGCGAGAUUUGAAGUCGCGGCGGGAUACACAACAUGCAAGGAGUAUCGAGACCGCACUGAGUGGGCUCUACAGCCCAAGUUUUAGUUAUCUUCUUAGACCGUUUUGCUUACAGCCACCGCAUUUUAGGGAAUGUGAAUUUUUACAGAGUAUCAACGAACUUUCGAGUGUCGACGCGCCUACAGUACGAAGGUCCGGAUCAGGACGACCUGCGACCACGUCCCUUCAAGGAGAAGACGCUUACCUUACUGCCGAUCGAAGUGAGUUUAUGGGUCGACGAAUCAUCGAACAGUUGGCGAAGGGAGACCCUGUCUCCACGCUGGAUAUUGUACAGAGACAUCAUGAUGUCUCGUUUUAUUCGGGAGACAUUGUAGACGAUCGGGACAUGCUGGAUAUGUUGAACACGUCGGCCACUAUGUGUACUGUACACGCUACCUUACUACAGCGAGGCACGAAACACCCCUCCGUCUACAUCAAGGUCAACGUCGAGGGCACCCGAGCCGUCAUCGAUGCAGCUAUUGCGGCUGGUGUCUGUAGGCUCGUCUACACGAGUUCUGCAAGUGCCGUAUUUAAUGGCACCGGCGUCGUGGAGGUCGACAGACGAACAUCCUAUUCGCACAGGCCGUUCGACGUGUAUAAUCCUUGUUCUUACUCCUCUACUGCAUCGAGUGAACCUGAACCUUACCCCGAGAGUGCGACAGCAAAACUCCGCAAGUUCUCACACUGCGCUCUCCCUCCUAUACAUGCUGCAACCAAGUAUCACUGCGGGUUACGCAGCUCCGUGCAGCCACUUGGUCCCUAUGUCACACCCACACCCAACGCUGGGUCCAUCCUAUCUGCGUUCAACACCUCAUUUGACCCACAUGGACUUGAGCACCCCUUCAUCCAUUUUCGAAUCGAAGGACAGGUGUUCUGUGUCGCAAGUGGAGAAGCAUUUUAUUUCUGGGACAUUACAGGACUAUGUGAUGAAUACGAGCAAAGUCUAUUGAGUUUAGAGAUACCGAAUACAUACGAACGAGCACGGGAGUUGAUGGGAGUCCAAUCGAUGGUGUUACGGUGCACCACCAGUUGA